AUAAGAGUUACCCAGCAGCGCCAUCUGGAGGCAAACUUGCGGUAAGACUAUGGGGGAUUCCCGUGGUAUUGAAAAAAACAGGGAAAACCAAAACAAAAUAUUAUUCGAUUGAGUGGCUUUACUGCGACAGGGUAUUAGGGCUGCAUUAAGAAAAAAAAAUACUUUGAGAUUAAUUUAUGAGAAUAAAGUCAUUACUAACAAGAAUAAUAUGGUAAUAAAAUCAUUACCUACGAGGAUAAAGUUCCAAUAAAAUCAUUUCUUACGAGAAUAAAGGCAUAGUGAAUUAAUCAAAGUCAGAAGUCCUUUUGUAAAGCUACUUUUCAGAUGAAAGUUGUUGAAAUGAGAUCCAUGGAGCAUUUCGUGAAAAAGUACUUCAAUCUAUGUUUCUCAAAAAAAAAAAAAAAAAGGUAUUUAAUCUUUUGGCACAUCAACACCACAUUAUUAUCAGCAUCAUCACGAUUUUAAAAUGACUUUAUUCUCCUAGCAAAGUAAUUACUUCAUUACGAAUUUAUUCUCGUAAGAAAUAUCUUUAUUACGACUUUAUUCUCGUAGAUAAUGAUAGUAGUACGACUUUAUUCUCGUAAAUAAUUACUUUGUUACGGCUGCAUUCUCAUAAGUAAUGAUUUUAGCAAUAAGACUUAUUCUUGUAAGUAAUUACUUUAUUACGACUUCAAUCUUGUAAAUAAUGAUUUAAGUACGACUUUAUUCUUGUAAGUUAUUACUUUAUUAUGACCUAAUUCUCGUAAAUAAGUAUUUCGGUUCGACUUUGAUCUCGUAAGUAAUUAUUUUGUUCUCGUAAAUUAACGAUUUUAAUCUAGAAGUCAUUUUUUUUCUUAAUGUGGCCCGAAUAAUCCGUCGUACUUUACUCACUGGUUGUAAAUCUGCAUCUUUUUUGUGGCGUUUGAAAUUAAGAUGACUGAAUUUCUUCAGGUCGAAAUCUAUAAAUUCCGAAGAGGCAACUUAAACAUUAAAAGCACAAGUACGCUUGACGCUUAACAACCAUGAAGAAUCUCAAACUUCCGAGCGGUACCUGAAGGCAUCAAUAGUUUGUUCACAUGAAGAAUGAGGAGCAUCAAGUCAAAGAAAAUGAACUUGCACAUGUCAUGUGAAACCAGGAAAUUAAUCGAUCCAUAGAGGCACCGUGCCCUAGACAAUUUGAGGAAAAGUGCAUUUGCGCAGCCGCUGAUUUUUAUUUAGGUUAGUUUAGAGAAGGUUGGACACAAACGCAAGCACCAGUGCGUCCUUUUAACUUUAUAACACACAUAUAACUGCUGUUUACUGCUGGGUAUGACACACUCAUUUGCUUCGCUCUUGUCAGUCCUGUUUUACACGACUCCACGCCACACUUGGACUUUAACCAAGGCUCACUACAACUUUAAGAAAUAAAUUACUUGUUUUUUCUUUUCUGCAGGAAAUCACAUGGAGGUGCUCUUGCGCUCACAUGACAGACUGCAUCAUGGCAGGAGAGAUCAAUGAAGGUACAGUACGAAAACUUCUCAUCACAAUGUUGCCAUCUGGUUUCUUUGUAACUUUGCUGUUUGUAAUAGUGCUGUAGAGUCAGGUAAGGUAAAACAUGUUGUGCGGGUUGUAUUUAAAUGAGGGUAAAUCUGUUUGGUGAAGUCGCGAUGAGAACUGACCAAUGAGAACUUUUGGGUACAUGAAGAUCUCGGACCGAAGUCAGUCCAUCUGAAAACCAGCCAAGAGUGAUUUAUCGCUCUUCGAUCCACUUGUUAAUGUUUACCUCACUUCCGAUGAGCUUCAUUAACAGUUAAUAUCACAAUAAGAAAAAGGUCAGGGGUGUAAAAUGAUCAUAGAGUUUGUGAUGUGUUUUUCCUGCCACGUGAAAAAGUGCCACUUGUGCGUCGUGUUGUACUCUGGGAGCCAUCGGCACACAUGGUUUGAAAUGACUUUUUAUCAUAAUUGUAGCUCUCAGUCCCUAAUUUAAAACGAUGAUUAGGUUGAUUAUGUGUUGAAUUUCGAUUUCUCCCUCGCCUUCUGGAUGCCCACUUAUCAAUCUGUGUUGGCAUAAUAUAGUCAUGUGAUGGGAAAUAAACUGUGAUCAUAAACGCUGAUAAAAUCAUCAUAACCCCUGCAGUCAAUGCCACUGAUUCAUUAUAAUGUCCAAUCGUAAGGCCAAUAAUGAUCAGAAACAUGCUGCUGCUGACUAUAUUUUGCAAUCCUUGGUGGUUGUGAUGCUACAUAGGUGUUAUUCCUCUUUUAGGCUCAGUUCCUGCCUAUUACAGGGAAGUAUAUGAGGCCAUCUGCUGUAGGACAGAUGACAGAGUGCAGGUUGAAGUUUUUCAGCGGUUGCUCCAAAGGACUGAUCUCUCCAAGGCGGUUUUAGGCCAGGUGAGGGGCUCACACUUUCCUGGACUGUGGGGGGCAAAUCAUCACAAUGCCAUGUCUGGCAAAAAAAGUGCAUUUGUGGCUGCAAUACUAGUUUGAAACAACUAAUUUCAUGGUUGAAGUGACAAAGCAGAUCAUUUCAUCUAAUCUCAUUUAAUCUCCGCCAUCCCUCAUUCAUUCUCAAAUCAAAAAAUAAACAGAAAAACACAUUUUGUGCAUUGUUAAUCAGAAGCCUAAACAAACUCAUUAUUAUCAUUUUUCUGAGUCAUCCACCAUCUGCAUGUUGCCAUCAGAUACUGUUGGCUAAUACAUGCAAUAAUAUGUCAUAUGCAAUAGUCAUAAUGGAGCAAUAACAUUUAAUGUGCAAUAAUACCCAAAAGCUCAUUGACAAUAAAUACUACACUAAUUUUUACAUAACAGUAACAGAUGUGCUGGUGUGUAUGACUGCGUGCAUGUGGGUAUGAGGCAAAUGUUUCUCUUGUUUUUGCAGCUAGAACAUAUCUGAUUGUGUAAUUUGCAAUGUCAUUAAAGGCUUUCUAUGCAAUUAUGUUCCAUAUCAAAUAUAUAGACAUUAGUAAAAUGUCUUAUUAGAAAGUUGGUGCAAUUAUUGUGAAGGCUAGCAGACUGUUUAAGACGUGGUUGUAUUUUUUUUUUUUUUUUUGUGAGAUGACUGUUAUGUUACUGCUGACAUGUAAGCUAUUUCGUCAUCAUGUCACUCAUAUUCAAUUUUAUUUUCCUGACCUUUGUGUGCGGUCAGGAGGAAUGUAGAACCACAGGUGAAUUUAGACAUACUUCAUGUCAGAUUAUCUUUGUCUUCCUCAGAUUGCUGAGCAUGUUGACUGCACAGACGGAUACCUGAGCAAGUUGUCUCUCUAUAAAGCGCUCGCUUUGAUUGCCUUCGCUCAGAAGGGAAAGCAGCCCAGCCCCAAACUCCUGGAGAACUGCAUACAAGGUAGGUAACAGUGGCACACUGACAGAAGAACAGUAAAAGGUUUUGCUUAAUGAAUAGCUUGACAGUUGCUGUGUGUGUCCUCUCAGUCAUCCCUCUUCCGCUCAGAUAUAUUAUCUGCUGCGGGGCAAAUGUCACUCUUUUAUAGGCUCACUCCUUAUGUAUUUCCUCUGACAGUUCAUUGCACUGAUACAUCCUCCUGUUGCUUUCAGUUAGAUAUGUUGCAUAACAUUGAAAUAGUUCAAAGUACAAGAGGGGUAUUUGGGAAUAUUUAUGAGAAAUGUAUUUUGACAAAGAACAUUAGCUUGUGAGUCUUUCAUAUGAAAUCAAAUUCAGCUUCAUUCUUGUAUUUAAUUUGGCAGAGAGGCCGCAGCAGUGUCUAAGUAUUGUGUUCGUUCUCAGGUCCCGCAGUGGGAAGAUGAUAGAGUGGAAUUCUCUGGUUUUCAGAGAGGUAGCCAUUAUACUGGCACAAGUUACAUCCAUUCCCAACCUUCUGUGAUGAUUUAAGGCUCUCUCUGUUAUUUCAGGUGUGGCCAGCGUGGUAGCUAGCUGCAUGCCACUUCCUCAUCUGUGCAAGAACAAGUUUUCUGUAUUCCUGGCAGUGCGUUACAUUCAUACAUUUCAUGACCUUCUUGGAAUGCAAUGCACUGCAAGAAUAAAAGAUCACAUGAGCCCUUGGCGAAACCCAGUGCCAGCUAGAGACAAAGAGCAACACACGUAGUUAUCUACUCAAAGAGGAAAAGUACAUCUAACGCAAACAUUCUACGUGCUUAGAAAUUCACGACUUUCUAGAGUUAUUGAUAACAAUCCUUAAAAAAACAAAUAUUAGAAGUCAGUGCUGGUUGUGUGUCUCGCAGAGUUGCCAAAACCUCAGCUUGGAGAGCCGAGGGAUUUAAGCGCACUAAGGAUGCAGCCGGCGCAGGAGGACGCACUGACUGUAUUUCAGACACUGGACAAGCUGCUGGCCAGAGACACAGUCCAGGUGGAGCUUAUACCUGAGAAGAAGGGCCUGUUUCUGAAACAUGUGGAGUACCAGGUCACCAGCCAGGCAAGGCAUCUCCAAACUGCUGCAUAGAAACGACAGAUUCAGAAAACCUCGACAAGAACAAAUAAAGCUGGAAGUUUGAGAUACACAUGAGGAUAUAGAUGGAGAAUGAUGUUAUGGUGCUAACAUCUGCUGAUUUUUUUCUUUUUCUUUUUGUUAUAGCGAUACAAGAUAUCAGUGUACAGACGCUACAGUGACUUUGAUGUCUUCCACGAGGUUUUGCUUCAGAGAUUUGCCUACAGAGUGGUGCCAGCGCUGCCCCCUAAAAGAAUGUUAAAGGGAGGUAUGUUACCCUGUCUGAGCUUCAACUUAGACACAGUCACCCUCGUGAUUCUUUUGUUUCUACAUCUCCUUCGUUUUAGACUCGUUGUUUCUGAAGCCUUUCCUUUGUUCGGAUGCUUCACUCAAAAGUUAUGUUAAAUAUCCAGCGGCUCGAAGAGCUGAGUAGUUUUUGGUCGAUGAAGUUUGUAAAGAAGAACAGAAAAGAAGUGUUCAGCUUAAUCUGAACUCUUAUUCCUGCAGGUUCUGUUUCUUUCAAACUCCAUCAUUACCCUUCAUCAAAGCGAUUGCCUGAAAGAAACACGGAAACUGGUGAUGCGUUAAAUGAGCCUAUUUCAGCUCUCAAUGACUGAUUGUCGCUGUGGAAUGAUAAUCAUGCCAACGCGCUCACACACACACACACACACACACACACACACACACACACACACACACACACACACACACAAACACACACACACACACACACACACACACACACACACACAUAUAGAUGCUGAGGAAUCUGUGCAAAACGUGGGAUUAGACUCAAUUAGCAGUCCUUAUCAAGAAUGUGUAAAAAAGUAACAGAUAGGCUAAAUAAAUCUGUCAUAGCAACAAUUCGCCCCAGUGCAGUUGUCACAGAUAAAAAGAAUAGCUCUAAAGACUAAAGACGUUUCUUUGUUUCAGGCUGUAAACAUGAUUAUUCUAUUGUAAAACUGAUUCGGUUUCAUAAACCCUCAUAAAUUUGUAUGUAAUCCAUAAUUUUAUCCCUGCAAGACAUUUGUGAAGAAUUGUGAUGUUUUGUUGGUCACCAGUUCUGAUGAGGAGGUAACGUUGUGUGUCAUUGGCCUAGAAAUGAAAGUUGAGGUUAUAUUUCUAACAUGUUAAUUGAAAAUAGUGUUGGACCUAGAGCUGCACCUUGAGGGACCCCAUGAAGUAACUUUUGGAUUGCUAGCUUGCAGUUAACUGAUACAGCAAAACACCUGUUGUGCGGAUAUGCUUCUGCAGGUGGCAACAUUUGUUUGUCUCUGGUUGAUUUAGGCCCCGUUUAUACGUACUAGAUUAGUUUUAAAAACAGAGACAUCAACCAUUGUUUUCACCCUCUGUUUAGGCGCAACCGGAGAAUUCGCCCCUGAAAAUGAUGCUUUUCAAAAACUCCGGACAAAGUGGAGAUUUUGGAAAACUCAGUUUGCACGUUUGGAUUUAAAUAGAGAAAAACAGAGCUUUGGGUAGCCGUAAAGAAGGAAGUAACGUUGUUGCUGCUCUGCGGGAUUCUGAUUGGCUAACGUGGGCUUGAGCUUCUUGCUACACUGCCACCUACAGGUUUGGCAUGUUCUUAACGGCAUAUAUAUACACGGGUUAGUGUAAACGAAACUUUUCUGAAAAUGUAGUGCUGUGCACACUGUUUUUUUUUUGGUAAAUGGAGAGGGUGAAAUGUCCAUUUAUAAUGAUAGCUGGGCACGUGUAAAUGUAGUCUUAACUUCACUUUAGGAGAGGGGUUAUAUUAUCCAUCUUCAUAUACAGUCUGUCCAUGUCUCAGCUUGGUGUCUCAGCCCACCAGCCAAAAGACUUGGAUGUUUUCUUUUAUGUCUCUGUCUAUAUGAAACAUGUGAAUGUGCUCUCACAGUGCAUUUCUUUCCUAUUCACAGAUUGAACUCUGUAACUUAUUUUUUUGAUCUCUCCACAGUCUUGACCUCCGUCUCUGAGAGGGAGUUCAUCGAGGGUCGGAGACGUGCUCUCAGCAGAUUCAUCAACUUGGUAGCGCGGCAUCCCUUCUUCUCUGAGGACGAGCUAGUCAAGACCUUCCUCACUUUCAGUGGCUCUGUAUGUUGUCUCUUUAUACUUACUCCUGUUUGCGUCCUGUAACUGUUGCGCAAUAAGUGUUACCAUUAUCGUGACUGAAUGAAUCUCAUCCUGUUCUAACCUCUCAGGGUCUUUUUCCUCUUCCCUCUCCCCACACAGGAUGUUCAGACUAAACUCCGUGACACUUACAAGAAAACAGGCGAUGAGUUCAUGACCAACAGAAUUGCAACCCUAGCAAAGGUUUGUCAUAUAGAGGACAAGGGAGAAAAUCUGACGUGCACUCCUUUCAAUGAUAACAAAGGAACAAAGACUGAAAAAAUUCAAAGACCCGUGUUUGGUAUGUUUACAGGAGUAUCUCCCGGCUGAUAUUCAAUCUCAGUUCUCCACGAGCAGAGAGCUGAUCAGAAACAUCCACAACAGCUUCAACAAACUGCGUGACAGAGCCGAGAAAAUGGCUGAGCGCUCGAAGGAGAAUGCCACUGAUCUUCUCAUGUUUGGCAGAGAGCUCAGGUAUUUCAUUAUAAAGUCUUUUUCCCGUAUCCAGAGGUCCUGGACUCCAAAUCAAAUGUUAAUAACAUUCCUGUGCACCUUUUUUCAUGAUUGUUGGCCUAAAGUGAGUUUGUGCAUCUCAGACAUAAAGUUUCAUUCUGCCACUGUAACAAUAAUGCUUUUGUUUUUUAUUAUUUUGCAGUACACUGGGUUCAGACUCUUCAUCUCUUCCCACUUUUGCAUCCUCACAAAGUACCUGGGGGGCCCUGCGUAAGUCUCUGAAGAGUCUGUCUGUGGAGUUUGCGGUGCUGUCUGACAAAGCUGCUCAGCAGGUACAGCCCAAAGUCCUCCACCUGCACAACCUGCACUCUCUGCCUGGCUGUGACCAGAACUUGUAAUAAAUUCUGUUUUGCUAACAUCCUCAGGGCAGACGGGAAGAGGAUGAUGUUGUGGAAAAACUGAAUGUUUUCCUGGAUUUGCUUCAAUCGUAUAGAGUAAGUAAAUUCAUUCAACCUGAGACCACCUUAAACUGCAGGUGACUCUGCACUGAUGUUUGCAUGUUUCAAGUAAAAAAUGCUCAUUUUAAUUUCAUUCUAACUGAUUUUAAACCAUAAAUCCCAUUAUAGACACUGUAGUGACUAACUUCUGGUGGAAUCCAAUGUCCAAUCCGAGGUUGUUGUUGAGUUAUCAUUUUGCCAUUUACUGAUUUAAUAAAAAACGAACAAAAAAAGUCAAAUAAUGAUGGUGAUGUGCAUGAUGAGGGUGAGAGUGGUGUCAGAGAUUAGCGGUAAAACUGUGUGCUCUUCCCAUUCCCCAAAUCACUACUUCACCUGUGUCCCUUUGUCGCAUUUACCUUUCCAUUCACCUGAAGCGCCCCUUGUGGUGAUUGUGCGAGUAACAAAACAAAACCCCAAAAAUGAUACAGAUAAAAUGGCUCAUUCAGACACAUUUGUCCUGAGCCAGAAACACAUAGAGAGGUUUGUAUUCUUAAUAAAGUCAAGUUGAGUGAAGAGUGAUAAUCAGGGUUUUUCUUUUGGACUUAAUGUUCUCAUUAAUGUGUGGGUCUUGAAUAUUAAAUAUGAGAAUUUAUGGGAUAAUACAGCAGUAUUUCCACAGCUUUAACUCAAUCUGUUAACCCUCAUAUAAAUGCUAAUUUAAUCAUUUGUAUAAAGAUAUGUCUCUACAUCCCUGGCAGCCGUGUAAUACCGCUGUUCUGCUUGUUAUUAUUUAGAGGCUGGUCUGAGGCAGCUCCAUGUGACUGUUAUUUUAUUUUUUUCCCAGGAUCUGUGUGAGCGUCAUGAGAAAGGCGUGCUCCACGAGCACCAGAGAGCUCUGCACAAAUACGGCAUGAUGAAGAGGCAGAUGAUGAGCGCCACGGUGCAGCCCAAAGAGCAGGCAUCUGUGGAGCAGCUGGAGUCACGAAUAGUUCAGGUGGUCGAUCUGUUUCUGUUUCUCUUUUUUCAUAAGGAAGACUGUCGGGCUACAACUGGACUUAGAGAAAUUAAUGUUUGAUAGAUGAUUGAAAAACUGUUAGAAAAGACUGCUGAACUGCUCCUUUUAGGAAUAUAUUGAGUUCAACUUGCCCAACUCUCUGUUAAUUGCAUUAACAAACAUCAAAAUAUACAAUUCAGCUCAGUUUUCUGAUGUAUUAAUAAAUGUUUUAUUCUCUAAAUGAUCCAAAAGAACCAAAUUACAGUGGAGUAUUUACUGUAGACGAGCAGAUACAACAAUAAAACUCCAUUAGUCACAGCUUUUGGCUUAAAUGAGCCAAAUCAAAAAGCAUCAAGUUGGCAUUCAUAACAAUUACACCAAAUAUCAUUCCACCGAAACACUGAAUCACAGCUAGUUUCUGUCUUGUGACUGAAGUUCCUCGUAGCUAGUGUGGGCUGUCUGUGUUUGGCAUCGUGGUUAAAAAUGUCAAGACUAUUCCUUCUAAUAAUAUCUGGCAUGUAUCCAACCGCUGUACUUUCAGUUACUGUGGGAACCACUGCUUUGUUAGGUCACUGUGACUCUGACUUCCUUCAUUUCUCUGGAGUUCAGAUAAUUAUUUUAGCAGGUAUAUGUAAAAAAUAAUGUAAACUCCAGCAGUAAGCUAGACAUUAUCCUGCUUAUCAGCUAACCACAAACUACAUCUACUAACAAGCUGACUCUAAGUAUCCCAUUGUCCUAAAGAGGCUAUAUACAGCUAUCUAGAGUUAAUAACCAUUUUCAAAGGGUUUAGACCAUAGAUUGUAUAUACUACGGACAACUUGAUUCCGCCUUCCGCCAGUAUACGAAUUUGAGGCCAAAUUGCUCUCUGUAUUUCCUAAAACUAAUAUUGCGCUGUAGCAUUGUACGCAUUCGGCGGGAGAGUCGCCGAGAGUCGCUGUGAUGACGCAUGACUCAUACAGCGUUAGCCCAUAGGCUGUAUCAAGUGUCAAUCAUACGAAAUAUAAACCCCCUAAUAACUUUUAAUAAUGGAGCUGCACAGAAAAAAAGAGGACUUGAGCACAAACCAGUUUUACUUUAACUACGUGUCAACAACGCAAGCAGGGGUAGAAAAUUGUAUAUUCUGUGUAAUAAAUUUCUAAAAUUUGUUCACAAGUCCAUAGAGAUUGCUGGAGGAGGCGGGAUUUAUGACCUAUACUGCAGCCCAUCACCAGACUGUGCUGUUCUCGUGGUGGCUUCACCCAGUAAUGAGGCAGUCAGCGUCCAUUCUAUAUAUAGUCUAUGGUUUAGACCAACAGAAUUAAGUAUUUAACACAACCCAGUGUUAAAUAGGAAGGCAUAGGUAUAAUAGACUUCCAUAUCGGAUGUGCUGUCAGAAUAAGCAAUAUAUGUGGAAGAAUUUUACUUAUAAAUGUUAGUUGAUUGAUGUUUUUCUAAAAUGUUGUCUCUGAAUUACUAUAUUUAUUAUGUCAAAUUCCAAGUUUAAUGUUAUUUCUAUGUAAAAAUACUCCAGCAAGAACGUGCAGCUCUGUUAUCACUUAUAUUUGCAUUCUGACUCGGCCGUUGUGAAACUAAUAACACGCUAAUGGAUGUGUUAACUAUUAAGGCUUAGUCUAGCGUGUUAGCAUACAAACUCAUAGUUUAACGUGGGCUGGGGAUUUCCAUCUUUUCAUCUGCCUGAGCCAGCAAUGGGAACCACAACAGUGAGCAUGAUAGUUAAUGCCAAACCAUUUUUUUACUUAAUUAAAAAACCUAAACUUGGUUUAAGGUAAAAGUCAUGGUAUGACGAGGCAAACUCAAAUUCAUCCUCAUGGGACUAUGCAUGUCAUAACUACUGAAAUACAGGCUGUCCAGUGGGCAUAUAUACAAAAAAAGAGACACUAGAAGACAGAGUAAUAGAAAUAAUGUAAUAUGGCCGUAAUUUCACCAUGCCUGUUAAGUCAAGGUCAUUUCAUUUACCUGCAUAAUGACAAUUUAUUUUUCUAUCACAGCAAGAAAACGCCAUCCAGACCAUGGAGCUGAGGAACUACUUCUCCCUGUUCUGCCUGCAUCAGGAGACACAACUUAUCUUCAUCUACCUUCCAAUCACAUCCCACAUCCUGGGUGCUUUUGUAAACUCCCAGGUCCAAGGACACAGAGAGGUGAGGCUGCUAGUCGGAGAAUCAUUUUCCUGUUUCUUAUGCUGCUCCUGAAAUAUCAAACCUGAUAUAAAUAGCCAUUUAAAGUUCCAACCAAUAAGACAAUACUAUACUAUGAAAUUUGUUGUCUGAGCUUUACAAAGAUGUACCAAACUGACUUAUUUAAUUUCUUUUCAGAUGGGCGAGGUUUGGAGUGAACUCCAGCCGAAGCUGGGGUGUCUCUUUGGGGGUAAUAAUGGUCUGAAGCCCACCUUAUAAAAGCGAAAUACUGAAGAUUAAAGACGGGAAACAGUCAGUAACAGGGAUCAUGACCUGACAACUCCCCGCAGAGAAAUGAAGACUGCACAACUUUUUAUCUUCUACCAAGUUGUCUUAUAACCAUCAAACACUCCAUUCAGCGAGAGGAUUUUGUAAAAAUGAGUCUUAUUUUCUUGAAUUGUUUCAGAUUGCAAUCAUCAACUAUGUGCCUGGAUAAAAUAAUGGACUCAUAAAUCUAACAUUACGUGCUCAGUCAGAUCAGGAAAUAAUGUCCAUUCUCAAAUCAAGGAUGUAUGCUAUUCAUCCUGUAUGUUAUCUUACAAGGGACCAGCCGGCAUGUCGGUGUGGAAGGAUGAAAGUAUAUUCUUGUAUUCCAGCUCAUCAACACCUGUUUCUAACUUUAACUUUUUAUAGUUCUCAUAGAUCAUUGAUAAAAAUAGUGAGGGAUUGGAAGUUGUUUUGUGUAUAGAAUAAGAUUAUUUUAAAUCUCCAUUCCUAAAAGUUUCUGGUUUUUCUUACUGAAUAAUUUUACAUCGAUGUAUUUUUGAUACGGAUGUUAGUUAAUGAGGAUGUGAAGCAGCACGUUUUACAUUUUUUUUAUGGACACUUUUCCUCUCACUUUAUACAGUGUACCUUUAAUGCAGGGCAACAUACAGUAUUUGCUUCUUCUGCUUCAGACUUCAGACUUCUGGUUCUGGUUUUUAUCUUAUAAGCUAUUUUAUAAAAGCCUGUAUCAAAGUGGAAAAUACUACAAAGGGCAGAUAUUUGAGGUUUUUUCAAACGACAGCCUCUAGAAUCAGCUGUUUUAUGUCAACACUAUAAGCUAAUUAUUUACUGCCAAAGACAAAAUAUAGAAAUUCACCUUAAAACCCAACAAAGAAAUAGGACAGGGUUUCAACUGAGCUGAAAUUGAAUAAUCACUACUUUUCUCUUCAAGAUUUUAGAAUUUUCAAUCGAUCAAAUUCAACAAAAAAAAAUUGAUUUGUUUUACUACAAACUAGUGUCUGUGCACAUUUUAUUAUCAUACAUUGCCUCUUUACUUUAAAAACCUGAAAGGGACAAUUUGCCGUUUAAAGGCUCAUGCUUUAAAAACUCGUCACUUCUGAUCUCAUCCCAAACACACCAAACUGACCGUGCUGAAUGAUGCAAGAACACAGACUUUUUUUUUUCUUUUUUUCUACAGAAAGUUGAACAUUUAUUUUAUGAAGAAAGAAACUCAAUCUCAGCAUACAGUGAUAAUGAUGUAGACUUGCACAGGAAAGGAGACCCAAUAAGUGUAUUUCUGUAGAUACUGUAAAUAAAAUCUUGAGUUGUGAUGAUUCAGUUAUUCUAAAAAAUAAAAUCACAUUAUGGAUAUUUUUUUCUGAUA